ACACGCGUCAUAGUUUUUUUCCUCUUACUUGUAAACACGUGCGAGCAGCUCAGUUUGUGUUAUCCUGUCUACGGAGGACAUUUGUUGGAAGUUAAGCAAUUUUUUACCGAACUUAAAAUGGCAAAAAGCCUCCGCAGCAAAUGGAAGAGGAAGAUGCGCUCCGAGAAGAGGAAGAAGAAUGCCCCGAAGGAGCUGAUCCGUCUGAAACAAGCUCUGAGUCUGGACAAGAAGGGAGAAGCUGUCAUGACUGACAUCCAGGAGAUCGCCACUGUGGUGUCAGCCGACCAGAUCAAGGAGGCCGCAAGUGCGGGAGAGGUCGACGACGGGAAGAUGGACAUGGACAGCAAGCGCAACAAGAAGACCCAGCUGGACGAACACGGCCAGUACCCCGUGUGGAUGGGUCAGCGGCAGGCCAAGAAGCUAAAGGGCAAACGGGUGGGGAAGAAGAACACCCAAGGCAAGAAGAAGAAAGGCAUCGCCUGGUGAACCAGAGGAAAGACCGAAGGCCGCUGCUUUGCCCGCAAAGACUUUUGACGCAGGAAGAGCAAAUAAUUUCAUGUGUUCUGUGGUACUUGGUAACCGCGGAACUUCUCCUGUCUCAUUCUGUUCAGUGGAUUACGACGUUCAUGUUUGUGCAUCGGAGUCUGUUGUGAAAAUAUUUCGGUGCAGGAAAAUGUUUGUCCUCGUGGAACAGCUGUUCUGGAAAGUCUAAACAUACUUCACCUCAUCUCACUACAUCACAUGAGUGUGGGAUUGUCACAUCCUCUAUUACAAUGUAAGCCUCCUCCAAUGAAAAAAUCUCUUACAGAUCUAAGGCUGGUUCAUUAUUGUUGUAUAAAGACUGGCCUGUGUGUUAUUCCUAAUCUUCUCAUCAUGUAUUGGAAUAUUUUUCCAGUAUUGGUGUAUGCAAAAUAAUAAAUGAAUAAAUGUUGAAGAUAAACAAUGACUUUA